AUGGAGAAGUCCUCUAAGUUAAAAUCUGCAGGUCGUGAGGAUACAGAUUUGACAUUAGAUUCAGAUAAGUGUUACAUCUGCCUGAGUCCAUUUGAAAAGCAAACAGUAGGUUCUCUGGAGAGCUGUCGACAUGUAUUUUGCCUUGAAUGUAUUCUCCAGUGGUCCCAGACGGCCAACACUUGCCCUGUUGAUCGGAUCAGUUUUGCUUCCAUCCACCAGAGACGGUGUCCCGGAGGGGACAUUCAAAAGAAGAUCAAAGUGAGGACAAAGAAAAAUACUGAUGAUGAAGAAGAGGGGGGCAGUGCUGUAAUCUGCGAAAGAUGUGGACGAAGUGACCGCAGGCACAGGCUGCUUGUGUGCACCGAUUGUGAUUCAGGGUAUCAUAUGGACUGUUUGACACCGCCACUAACUACGGGUCCUGAAGGUGACUGGAUUUGUCCUGAGUGUGCAGUUAUUCCUCUGCAAAGAGACAGCUCUGUGUUGGAGGAGGAGAUCAGUGAUGGGGAACUAACAGACCUCCUGGCUGAAGCAGAUGAUACUCCAACUACCAGCAGUCGUCUUCGGCCAUCCACCAUGAAUCGUCCCAGCAGCUCCACUGAACAACGACGUAGCCAAAGGAUCCAGGGCAGAGCCGGUGUCAGUCCUUAUCCUCGCCCUCAAAUCUGCACGCAUGUACCCAAAUACCUGUUACGGGCUGCAAAACCUGCAGAGCAAACAGAAGAAGUAGAUCCAGUUUCUCACGGUGGCAUCAGCAAUGCUUCUAGAUAAAGAAAGGGAAAAGAAGGAAAUGUGCUACUUAAGCACAGGAAAAGUUGGAAAAUUAUGUUUUGUUGCUACCUGGUGAAUGGAGGUUCACCUGUCAGACAUGACCAUGUGAUGGCAGCGUAGUGUCAUCAGCACAGCCCACAGACCAAAACUCACCAGCACUUGUCAUUUUCAAGUUAGCAAAUACACUAAAAGACUGUACAAGCCCACUUCAAUGUACUGAAGCACUCUUUUUUAAUUCUAAGCAAUUGUUCCAAACUUUCUUUCAUAAUUGAAACAACAAGGCUGUUAAUCUUAGUUAAUGAAGCCAGACUGUAGUCACUACAUUGUUCUCCUGUGAGUGUUUUAUGUUUUGUCAUUAGUUUAACAAAUACUCUGCGGUGAGACAAGUAGUGAUGAAAUGAAUCACAAAAACUCUAUUUUUGCAUUAAUUUUAUUGUUUUUUAUAGAGCAAAGCAGAAAAUCCAUUUAAAACCACAAUUAAAAACUCGUAUCAUAUAUAAAUUUAAUAAAGAACAAUUAUUUUUCUUAUGCAACAUUGCUGCCUUAUUAGACACUUUACAGAAGUGAAAUGUAUUUUGUAGACGUCAACUUUAGCAUUGUGUUAGUUAUCCUGAUUGAAGUAAAUCAUUUAAAAUGUAAAAAAUAGACACCUUACAAUGGUCAGUUGUUUGAAGUGAGCCUUAAUUUCAGCAUCACAGAAAUACAACUCUGGUUCACACCAUGUGCAGAAUUAAAAUGCAAAACUCAAAACACAAGGUUCAUUUGAUCUCACAAUAACUUGUUGAUAAACUGUAGAAUAAAUGUAGUGAAAUAUAUUUAUCCUCUAAAAUAGGGAAGAGUAGAAGCAUUAAGUUAUACACAAGAGAAAGAUAAACUUCCUUAAAAUUUUACCUAAUUAUAGAAGCCAAGUAAAUAUCCUUUAAAAAAAUGAGACAAUAUUCCUUUUUUUGCCUUUUCAAAAGGUGGUAUUGAUUAAAAAACUUAGAAAUUAUGGCAAUAGACAGACAUAAACGUGGAAAACAAAUAUGUAGUUUGAGUCAUUUUUUAUGCAAGUAUCAGUUUUGUGUUUUUUCCAGCACAAAGAUAAAGAAUAUUCAGAUCGAUCAAUCAGAUGAAACAACAGAAAUGAUGUGAUCUACUUGUAAUAUGCAGUGCUAGCAGGAACAGAACAUCUCUAGUCUACAUAUAAUGAUUUUGAGAAUGGAAAAAAACAGAUUGACUUUAUAAAUGUUUUCAAUCAUAUUGUUACAAUAGAGGGUUCAAAAAUAGAAUUAUUCUAAACAUAACUGAUUUUUUUAGAAUAAAGUUGUGUACACCUUUUGACAUUGGCAUUCUAAAUAUUAAUGACUGAUUCAAAAUGUUAUUCCGUUGUUUUUAAAAUCAAAUACAAAAACUAAAUAAAAAAAUUACAUGCAGACAUUAUAGCAUCAUCACUCAUAAACUCAGAAAAGCCUUGACUUGCUCAGUUUUUAUUAACUUACUUCUGUUAGUCACAGAACGGACGACUUAAAAUAUGAAACGUUAGGUAUCGACUUCAAAUGUGACUUUAUUUAAUCUAGAUCAAUAACCUUUAUGGAUAUGUAAAGAAAAUUAUAGCAUCUGACACUCUUGUAUUGCACUGUCUUGUUUAUUUGGUGAAAAUGAUUUUGAUUUAUAAUUUGUAUGCCCAUUUUGCUCUUUUUGAUAUAUUCCAAAUAAAUUUCAGUUUCCACCAUA